AUCCCAGCCCUAGUGGUAAUAGGUGGUUUCAAUUCUACGUUGAGUGAAAGUGAAAAGGAUGGGGAAAUCCUUGGAAUAUGGCCCAGUCGAUGGAUCUCCGUAAUUUCAUUCAGAACCUUGAACUUCAUUAUCCUGGUUACCAAGGUGAUCAAUUCACUUGGACAUACAAACGAACGGGAUCAGCUUAUAUCCGCGAAAGACUUGAUAGAGAGCUCUAUUCUCAGUCCCGGAUUGAUCGUUACCCGGAUACCCUUUUCAAGCACUUUUCAGAUCAAGGGUCUUAUCACAGAGCUUUGCUUGUGUCAGAUAAACCCUAUGUGCGUUAUAGCAUCCCCCUUUUCCAAUUUAAUGCUCGGUGGACUGAUAAUCCGGAAGUCAAGACUAUAGUGACAUAUGUUUGGAAGGAAGAUACUCCUAUGUACCAGUUGUGGGAAAGGUAAAAAGACUCCGUCAUUUGCUAUAUGAUUGGAGUUGCGUUGGUACGACUAACUCUCUUCGUAAUAUUAGGACUCUCCAAUUGGAAAUCGGUCAAGUGAAGUUAGUCCACCUGAUUAACUGGGAUGAGAUCUGAAUAUUAGAGGCUGAGCUGAGCUGCAAUGGGAAGCAGAAGAAGUCUAUUGGCAGCAAAACUCUAGGGUCCACUGGCUUAAAAAAGGCGACAAGAACACCUCUUACUUUCAUAUAGUCACGCAUGCCCGUUGAAAGCAUAAAUUUAUAUCAGGGCUUCAUAAUGACUCUAGUGAAUGGCUGACAAGAGGAAAAGAUCAAGGCUGAUAUUGCCACUCAAUUUUAUCAAUAUCUCUUUACCUCAGAAAACCAAGUUCUGAACAUGGGGGAUAGGAUUGCAAACCUCCCGAUUUAUAGCAAGGUAACUGAGGAGAUGAUGAAUAAUCUCAUUGCCUAGGUCCUCCCGGCGGAAAGUCGUCGAAUGGUGUUUUCCAUAGGCUCAAAGCAGGUGCCAGGGUCUGAUGGGUUUAUUGGAAAAAUUUUCAAGUCCUAUUGGAAUAUAGCAGGGGACUCUGUGAUAGCAGGUGUUGGCUAUUUCUUUAGUUAGAGCAAGCUUCUUAAGAGUUUUAAUCACCCUUGGCCGACUUUGAUCCCAAAAGUAGAUAAUGUGGGGAGCAUGAGGCAAAUCAGAUCGAUAAACUUGUGCCAGUUUGUGUAUAAGAUUAUCGCUAAAAUUCUUUCUGAGAGACUAGCCCAGCUCUUAUCGCAAAUUAUUUCUGAAGAACAAAAUCCUUUUAUCCGUGAACGACAAAUCGUGGAGAAUGUCUUACUUGGGCAUGGGUUAAUGCACUAUCUAAAAAUCAAAACUACGGGUAAGAAAUGUUACAUGGCUAUGAAGGUUGAUAUGGAAAAGGCCUAUGAUAGAGUCGGGUUUUAACUCAACCAGGCGAUUUUAGAUAAGUUGGGUUUUAACUCAACCUAACGAGGCUGGAUCCAGGAAUGUCUUAGUAUAACUUCGUUCUAGGUCCUUAUGAAUGGCACACCCUCGGGGUUCUUCGCACUUUCUCGUGGCCUCUGUCAAGGUGCCCUCUUUCACCCCUCCUAUUUGUGAUUUGGACAAUCAAAUCUAUUCCACUUCCUCGUCAAGAUGUGGAGGAUAGAUUGAUCUGGCAUGACCCUUGUGAUGGAAUUUUCACUGUUAAGUCUACCAUCUUGUAGUUUUUCUGGAUAAGUAGGAGGAGAGGUGGUGAUCUUCGGCCAGUUGGAUGGACAUGACUAGUUGGAUGUGCUUGUGGAAAACCAACGUCCAACCCAAACUUAAGAUGUUCUUAUGGAAAAUCUUCCAUCGGAUCCUUCCCACGCUGGAAGCCCUUUUAGAGAAUAAAGUCCGAGAGGAUCGCAGAUGUACGGUGUGUUGGGAGGAGUCGGAAAAGAUGGAGCAUUUAUUUUUUGAGUGCCUAGUGGCACGGACUUUAUGUGAUAUCUCUGGCCUUGAAUAUCUUGGUCAGGCCCUGGUUGCCACACGUUUCCUCUCUUUCUUAAAAAGUUGAUGUUAAUUAUCCAUCAGCCUCCUUUGUUUAUGGCUGUUGUGGUCAUCCUCUGGCGGAUCUGGCACUCCCGAAAUCGGGUAGUCUUCGAGGGGAAGCAAUUUGGGUUUGCGGCUUUGAUGCGGCAAUUUACCCAGCAAUAUCAAGAGUGGACCAAUUUGUCAGUUGAUGGUGUUCAGCACCAGGGGUGCCCCCAAGCUCUAGACCUGAUCCCUGGGUCACAUAAUUCGUUGAUCUGUAGGUGUGAUGGAACUACCAAACUUGGGUCUCACUCGGCUAGAGGAAUAGUUCUUUUGAAUCACGAAGGGGAGAUUCUUUUGGCGAGGGGGUUGCAGCUUGCCAUUAUUGACGAUCGUUUGGUGGUCAAGCUGCUCGUCCUUGGUGAAUCCAUGAUCUGGUGUUUGGAGCAUGAGUUCGCAAAGACAAUAUUUGAGGGAGACGUCAAGAUUGUCAUUGGUAAGAUCAUUCAAGCUGAGACUCGCGAUAAUUGGAUAUGAGAUGUUCUUGAAGAGGUGAUACGCUGCUUGGCAAUUCACAUUGGGCUUAAUGUGCGAUUUUUAGGUAUGAGUAUAAAUAGGGUAGCUCAUUUGGUGGCUAAAAAUGCCAUUUCUUUGUACCCGUCUACAUGUCGCUUCUUUGACUUUCAGGUUUGCCCCGUUUCCAGGAUGUAAUGAUCUAUUUUUUCUAAUCAACGAAUAUGAUUAUC